AUGCGCAAGCCAGGACGUAAGAUUGGCUGCGACAAGAGCCUCCCGAGUUGUCGCAACUGCAUACGCACACGAAGAUUAUGCGCCGGUUACGGCCCUCGUUUGGUGUGGCGAGCCGAAUCUCAAAUACUUUCCCAGUGUCAUAAGGAUGCCAGCACUCUGUUGCCGUCCUGGUCCCGGAUGCCUGUGAGAACUGGUGACAAUCGCAAAGCAAAGUUUCUUAGAUUCAACAUGCAAGAUAUGGAUCUUGCAUGGGGCCGCCUGGACUGGCAUCACGUGUUGGCAAAGUCCAUUCCACGGCCACCAUCGUCACUUAUUCUACAUCGAUCAACCGAUGGCCAACAGAGCAUCGUCUUGGAUUAUUCCCCAAUGUGCUCGACGACUAAUCUCGACAAUGGAUUCACGCACCAAGUCCUACCGAUGGUAUUAUCGACGAAUAAUGCGCCUGGUGAAGCCCUCCUUAACUCAAUGCUUUCAAUCUCAGCUCAUCAUCGCUGGGGACCUCAAGAAGCGUGUGCAUUCAAGGGGAAAGCCCUUCAGUCCUUGGGACAGUCUCUUGCGUCAGCAAGCUGCGACGGCGGCAUCGGCAACACUGUGACGCAGUUGGCAGCAGCUAUGAUGAUGUGCAUGUACAGCGUUUUCAAUGCGGACGAGGGUUGUUUCUAUGUUCAUCUGAAGGGAGCCCGAGACCUUCUACUAAACUCUAACCAAGAGUACGGACAGAGUCAGGCGACCGACUUCCUCGUAAUGUGGCUCAUGUACUAUGACGUGCUGGGCGACUUUGCUCACCCGCUGCAAAGUAAGGAGGAUGUGUACGGCGCCUUAGUAGAUCAGAUCAAGCGGCAGAGCGACACAACUUUGAUAAUCGGGCUACUGGGCUGCUCUUUCGAUGUUUUCGAAGUUAUACGCCGCACUAACAUACUUCGGUCAAGCAUCUUACGAGGACAUAACGGGGCUGCCGGUGUCACCAUAGCCGAAGAGCGGGGCGAUCUAGAAAGGACACUGUUCUACACUAGCCAACGUAUCAACGAUGGUGAGUUCCUUCAUAUGACCGAAGAGAGACAUGCGAGUAUCCUGAGAACAGCGGAACUCUAUCGGCUGGCCGCUCUGCUCUACCUGCAACGCGUGGUACCACUUGAAGGAGACAAAGAUCGGAGAGAAACAUACUUGGAACAGGCGCUGGCUAUUCUAUCAGAUGCCAAAAGAGUCAGUAGCCCCUGGCCUUGUUUCAUCAUCGCUUGCGAGGUUACGAUGGAGGAUCAGCGGUCGCAGAUCCUGGGGAUUCUUGAUACGAUGGACACUACGCGCAAGAUCGGGAAUUUGCAUGUCACGCGCGUGAUUAUUGAGACCAUCUGGAAACAGAAAGACCUGAGGGGGCCCUCCGAGUCUUGUGGGUGGUGGUCUUGCCCUGAUUUUGGGCUGUCAGUUCCUUGGUUCGCUUAA